UUGGUUUCUUGUUUACAUUUUUCAUUGUGGAAUGCGCGCAACAACUGAAAUCGGUCUUUGAUGGAGUUGAAUGUGUACGACGACUGCUGGCUGCUGGUGCAACGUUUUAACCAAACAGCCAAUGACGAGCAGAGCGGCGUGUUUGAGCUAUUCUGCCGUUGCUGGCAUGAGCUGCAACUGCAGCAUCUGUUCUCCGCCCAGACGAACCACAUCGAGAUAAUUGCCACCACAUUGGCCGCCCUGCACGCGGGCAAGCGUAUGGCCUGCGGCCGUCGCACCAAUGGGCAACCAUAUCCCGCCGCUUCCCGCUACCAGCGCAUUGCAGGAUUCUAUCUGAUGUACGUGAUCUACAACAAGCAGCCGACACAUCAUUUUGUCAAGAUCGAGGUGUCACCAGCCACCUGGCAGAGCCUGUGCGACUAUGCACUGCAGCUGCGCCGUGACAGCCCGGAACAGAAGGACACUCAGCAGGUUAGCUACUUCUUCUGGCGUCUGGUGCAGCAGCAAGCUUUCCGCUUCACGGCCUUGGACUAUUGCCAGGGCCUGGAUGCCUUGGUCCACUAUGACAACGUGGAGAGCGUUGCGGGAGUCAGCAAGCAGAAGAAGAGCGAAUUGCUUUUAAAGCAACACAGACCCAAUAAGGUCAGCCUCAUUUACGAGUUGGAGGACCUUAGGAACCUGGACCUCGCCAGCGAUCCGCUGUGUAAACUGGAGACGGCCUACAACAGGCAGAAGGAGCAGCUGCUCGGACAAGAACAGACACUGCCGCCUACUCGGAUCUUCAGUCACCUUCAAGAGGUCUUCAGUGACAUACAAAAUAUUUUAGGACAGAACAAGAAUCAGCAGAAUGAGGACGUGCAGCCCACAACAUCCAAGAAUCACCAACUGGAGCUGCGUGAGCGUGUGCGCUACAAAGCCAUGUAUGGCAAAGAGAAGGAAGAACUCCCAAAGGCGGAGCAAGAGGAGGAGGAAGAGCCGGAGCAGGAAGUACAAGAUCCAUACCAACGACGCACAUCGUCAGCCACUAUAUUCCUGCCGCAGCAACUGCCCAAGGAAGUGGAGCGAGAGUACGAAAUGGAUGAUUACACCGAGGAUGAGGAGGGGGAAGACAGUGAAGAGUAGGCGUAAAUAAUUAAAAUCAGAUUCUCAGCAAA